AAGUCACGUGAUUUCAGCAGUUUGGCGGUUUGACCCGCGAUCCGAUUCAUGAUUCGAUACACUGAUUCAUUUAUGCUCCGAAUCUUCUAGAUGGAAAAAGGCUGGUGAGAGCAAAUUUCGCAAUCUUUUUUUAGGCAUAUUCACUUUGUUGAUAAAUAAAUGCAAAAAUUGGAUGAAAACGUUAAACUUCAUUGUUUUGGAAAUAAUCCAUUUUAGUUGCAAUUUUAGGAUUGUGCACUAAUAUUUUCAGCUCUAUUUGUUUGCACAUUGUCUUAAGGACGCACCCACAAUAGGGGAAAUAUCAUGAAUGUUCAUGUAGCUACAUCCACUGGAAGAGUUUUUUACUGGAACUGAAUAUUACACAAGACCCCCAAAAUGAAACUCCACCUAUUCAUUCAGCCCUUUGAUGUAAUGGAAUUCCAAUGACGACUCAUGUCAUGCAUUUUGGGAGCAUAAAUAGUGGAUCAGAAUCAAUCUCUGAGACAGACUGCCUGAUAAUACAGUUUAUUUCAUCCAGGAUUUGAUCACCAGCACAAUGACUGGAGUGUGUGGUGUUGGAAGAUGGACCACAGAGGAGGCUAUUAUUCCAGAGGAGGAGAAGAUCUGCCAUGAGGUGAAGUCAGGCAUAGAGGAGAAGGCUGGAGCCACUUUUGAGACUUACAUUCCUUUAAGCUUUAGGACUCAGAUUGUGUCUGGAACAAACCAUCUGGUCAAGGUGUAUGUUGGUGUGGGUGUGUGCGUUCAUGCGAUGAUAACUCAAGUUUUCCCCGUUAAUGAAGGGAAAUUGACUGUGACUGGAGUCCAGCACCCUAAAGCCGCCUGUGAACCUCUGAUCCCAUUUGGUCACUAACCACAUACAGAAAACAGUCUGUCUUCUCUAAUAACAGACACACACAAUGAUCUGCCAUACUGUACAGAGGAACUAUUGAAAACUGUUUCAUUCCUCAAUAUUAAACUCAAUCUUCAAACCCUCA